CUGGCAACACUGGCCACACAGUCCAGUAACACAACUGGACUCCAAAAAAAAAGAAGACAAUAAGACAAGUACAAACCAAGUGGGCAUCAGAAAAGUAACUACCAAGGACGCGGGGCGCAUAGCAAAACAAUGUCAAAGGCGGUGAAUAAUAUGAACAUGGGCAUUGUGGAGCCACAGGAAAGGAUGAAACAUCUCUCGCAUUACGGGAAUCUUAUCGAGGUGGACAAAAACAUGCCAGUGACACGCUACUACCGUUCUGGCACCGAGAUGCUGCGCAUGGCCAAUGUAUACCUCAACGAGGGUAACCAUGAGAACGCCUUCAUCCUGUAUUUACGGUACAUGACUCUGUUCAUUGAGAAGAUACGCCAGCAUCCAGAUUAUGCCAGUGUCAAGGCAGAAGUGAAGGCCAUAAACAAAAAGAUUAAAGAUGAGAUUAUGCCCACAACGGAGAAGUUAAGAGCAAAGUUGCUAGCUCACUACCAGAGAGAAUACGAGCAAUUCCUGGCCAGCAAGGAGGCGGAAAGAGUUCGAGAAUUGGAGCGGGAACGCCAGAGACUCAAAGAGCUGGCCAGUCGGCAGGCGGGUGGCUCUGGCGGCAUUCCAUCCAUUAUUCCCGCCAAUCUCCAUGUCCAGAUGGAUGAUAAAUUACAGCCCACAGCUCCGGAUCUUUCCUUGCUGGACCAUGUGGUGUAUCCAAAUGACUUUCCCACGGGAGCCAAUCGCAGCGCCAACUUGCCCAACUCUGGCCUCCUCUUGCCAGCGGCAGCGGAUCCUCCUGCAAGCGACAAGUCCACAAGCUUGCAUCCGAAGCCCGCCUUCGAUAGGAAUCAGAAGCCACAAUACAAUCGAACUGAUUCACUGCUGGCGGGCUCAUUGCGCAUUGUGCAUGUACCUGGCGAUACCAUGGAUGUGUUCCUACAAUUGGCACGAGCCAAUACCACAAAUAACAUCGAAACUUGUGGCGUUCUGGCCGGUCAUCUGGCCCAGAAUGAGCUCUACAUCACGCAUAUCAUCACACCCCAGCAGCAGGGUACUCCAGAUAGCUGUAAUACCAUGCACGAGGAGCAGAUCUUUGAUGUGCAGGAUCAGAUGCAACUCAUCACGUUGGGCUGGAUUCAUACGCAUCCCAGUCAGACGGCUUUUCUAUCAUCUGUUGACCUGCACACACAUUGUUCCUAUCAGAUGAUGAUGCCCGAAGCUCUAGCCAUCGUGUGUGCACCCAAGUACAAUACCACUGGUUUCUUCAUACUUACACCACAGUAUGGACUGGAUUAUAUAGCCCAAUGUCGGCAAUCAGGCUUUCAUCCUCAUCCAAAUGAUCCGCCAUUGUUUAUGGAGGCUCAGCAUAUGAAAAUUGAUAACCAGACCAAAAUCAAAGUGAUCGAUCUACGCAGAUAGUAUGCUGAAUUGCUAAUCUAAUACCGAAGAAUGCGAAUUUAACUGAUGCAGAAUGGAAACUCAUAUAUACAAUAACACAAUAAGCAAUGAAGCCAACAAAUUUUUCGUUAACCAAAAUUAUUAAAUGAAUUGAUUACCAAUUAACCAAGAAGUAGAACUGUGUGUUCCAACAAAAACCAAAACCCGUUCAACCAGAGUCUAUAUACAGAAAUUGAUAAUUGCUAUAUAUAUAUAUAGAUGUACAGAUAUACAUAUAUAUAUAUUUUGCGUAUAUACCAAGAUAUAUUUUUGCAUACCGUAGUUUCCUGACUCCACCCCCAAGACAGGGUAAUAUUCAAUACAUGGAUCUUAGAGCACCUAUCGCAGAGAUAUUUUGGCUUUCAAUUUUCAUUGAUUUCGAUGACUUUAUGUGAUUUACAAUUGUGGCUUACAAUUUCGUUAAAAACUAUUUGUAUUUAAUAAUAUAUUUUUAGCAUUUAACACCAACACACACACACACAUAGACAUACACAUCCACAUACCUAAACUUACAGCUAAAGUAUACUAUUUAUUAUCUAUGUAUGUACUAUUGCUAACUAUUUGCAAUAAUAUGUUGUUGAAUUACGAAAAAAAAAAAAAAAGAAAACAAACUUUUAAAAGAAGGCAAUUUAAAUGAUGUAUGUAUAUGCUUAACAACUAAAGCGAAUAAACUAUUUAUGAUUUAUUUAUUUCCAA